CCUGUGUGGGGUCCGUGUGGAUGCGCCGGAGGGGAGCUUUGCGCUCAUAGGGGAGGGACGAGCGAAGUCAAGUUCGGAUCAGAUCAGGAAGGAGCGCACCGGCAGACCGAGAAAAACGGCACCAGGGGAAAGACGCACGUUUUCAUGCCAUUUCACAUUAUUUCUGUCUCCCAUCAACUGAACCGACAGAGUUCCUUCAGGAACAAGUGAAGCGGAUCCCCGAACGACACGGUGGAGAGAUGCAGCCGGCGGCGAGAUGGACUUUGCUGCUUGUUCUCGUGGGUUUGAUGGCGCACAAUUGCUUUUCAUCCAAGGCAGAGGACCGGCUGUUCAGGAAACUGUUCCGAAGAUAUAACCAGUUCAUCAGACCAGUGGAGAAUGUCUCUGACCCCGUCACUGUGGAGUUCGAGGUCUCCAUCUCGCAGCUUGUCAAAGUCGAUGAGGUGAAUCAGAUCAUGGAAACAAAUUUAUGGCUCAGACAUAUUUGGAAUGACUACAAGCUGCGAUGGAUGCCGGCAGAGUUUGACGGGAUUGAGUUCAUUAGAGUUCCAUCAAACAAGAUCUGGAGACCUGACAUUGUGCUCUACAACAACGCUGUAGGUGAUUUCCUGGUGGAGGAUAAGACCAAGGCUCUGCUGAAGUUUGAUGGUACCAUCACCUGGGUUCCUCCCGCCAUUUUUAAAUCCUCCUGCCCAAUGGACAUCACCUACUUCCCCUUUGACUAUCAGAACUGCUCUAUGAAGUUUGGCUCCUGGACUUAUGACAAAGCCAAGAUUGACCUGGUACUUAUUGGGUCUAAGGUGAACCUGAAAGACUUCUGGGAGAGCGGCGAGUGGGAAAUCAUUGACGCUCCAGGCUACAAACAUGAUAUCAAGUACAACUGCUGUGAGGAGAUCUACCCAGACAUCACCUACUCCUUCUACAUCCGGCGCCUGCCACUCUUCUACACCAUCAACCUCAUCAUCCCCUGCCUCCUCAUCUCUUUCCUCACAGUGCUGGUUUUCUAUCUCCCGUCUGACUGUGGAGAGAAGGUCACGCUCUGUAUCUCCGUCCUGCUCUCCCUCACUGUGUUUCUGCUCGUUAUCACCGAGACCAUCCCCUCCACGUCACUGGUCAUCCCGCUCAUUGGAGAGUACCUGCUCUUCACAAUGAUCUUCGUCACACUCAGCAUCGUCAUCACUGUGUUCGUGCUGAAUGUACACUACCGCACGCCAAUGACCCACACUAUGCCGGGUUGGGUGCGUUCUGUGUUUCUCAAAGUGCUGCCGAGGAUUAUGCUGAUGCGGAGACCGAUUGACGAAGACAGCAGGGCUGGGGGGUUGGACAGCAGUGGGGAGGCAGGAGGAGCUGGAGGGGGAGGAGGAGGCGGAGGAGGGAAAGGAGGGAAGAAAAGGAAGAACAGCUUGAUGCAGCAGGUUGGAGGGGGCUCCCUCAACUGUCUGGAGUUCGGGGACAGUAAGCUCUCGUCCAUGGAGGGCUGCACUGGGAAGAAAUGCCCUUGCCCCUGUCAGCAUAAGAAGGAGACCCCAGAAACACCAGACAUGGGGAAGAUGACACGUCAGCUGAGUCCACAGAGCAUCAGCACAGUGGUGGCCUUUUCCGUGAUGUCACCUGAGAUCAAACAGGCCAUCGAGAGCGUCAAGUAUAUAGCUGAGAACAUGAGGAGUCGCAACAAGGCCAAAGAGGUGGAGGAUGACUGGAAGUACGUUGCCAUGGUGAUCGAUAGAAUCUUCCUUUGGGUAUUUGUGACCGUGUGCGUCCUGGGAACUGUGGGCCUCUUCCUCCAGCCUCUUUGUGGCUUCGUCUCAUAACUGCUAACCAAUCAGGGUUCACUACCACCCUGUGUCAACCAAUCCUGAACAAGUGACUAACUCUCAGUUCUCAGUUGACCAAUCAGAAGACAGACUUUUGAGUCCUAAAGCACUAUUUGGUGUGCUGUGUUUGCAUCUUGUCUUUUACAGUAAUCAGUGAUAUAGAAACAGUGAAGUUGAAAAAAAAAGAGUUUAAAGUUUUCAGACUGGCUGGUAAACUGCAUAACAGAUACAAAGGUUAUCACGCCUUAUUUUAUCUAAAACAAUCAUUGCCAUAGAACCCACAUCAUAACUAAAAAGGCACUCUGUCUUUGGAUAAUGGAAAUCAGUGUGUUCUUUCAGCUUUCUUGACCAUUUGAACAAGUUUUAGAAAAUAUACUUUAUUUUGAUUAUUUAUAGCUCACAUUAUAGGUUUGUAACAUGUCAUCACACAAAUGAUGACAUGUUAUAGACAGUUACAGCAGCCUGGCCACCAAUACAAAGCAGUUACUGUGGUUUGGUUUUGUAGCUAAAUUUUAGCAAAUUUUACAUGCUGUCUUCACAGAAAUUAUUUCUAUGGAAUAAUAAUGUUUUACAUGAUAAAAUGUCAAAAAGUCAGAUUCAGGUCUUAACUUAAUGGUAACCAAAUAUGUAGUCACUGCGUAUUAGAGCUUAGCUGGGAUCAAAACUUGACACAUCCAGUAGUCCUUCAGGACUGGAACCUGAGAAUUAACAUCCAACAGAUGUUAACAAACUGGGAACUUUCCACAUUCAGUAGACAUGACACAAACUCUCUACCACACUGAACUCAACCCUGCAGCAGCCAGAUAACUCUCCCCCCAUUGAGCUGACUGAUGACUGUCAUACCCGCUCCCCAGUCUGAUUCAUCAAGCUGCUCACUGUCAGAGCCAAUCGCGCUCACUGCUUUUUGUGUCAUUUCCAAUUAGAGUUCAGAUUUCUGCCGCACUAGGCAGCGCUUUUAACAAAUAAGGGCAGGCUGUGCUUCUUUUUGUAAUUAGAAACCAUGUGUUUAUAAAUGUUCUCUCUGAUUAAUGUUCCACGAGGUAAUUGGUUGGCCUGGUAAAUAUUGGAUUAAAUGGUACUUGAUUAGUUGCUCCUGAAAUAGCAUUACAUUUAUUAAUUCAUGAGAGGAUUCUAUCAUCCCAUUCCAUGGCUAUUAAUUUAAUCUUUCUUUUCUUGUCACUUUUGAUUAAGUUUACUCUUAAGAGCAAACAUGCAAUGCAAGAAACAUGCAUGACAAAAAUUUUGAUUGCUUUGACCACAAACAUAUUGCCUUCAGAUUACAGCACUAUAAGGGCACUGCUUAAGUUAUUUAAUUUCAUUUAUCCCCAUCCUUUUUGGUUAUAUGAUGCAUCAGAAAUGCAAGUCAUCCUGAAGGGAGCAAAAAUGUUUGUACAAAUGAUCUUUGCCUUUCUUUUGUCUGACUGUCUUUGAACUUAAAAUAAAUGCAAUAUUUCUUCAAAUAAAGUGAUUUGCUGGUA